UUUAAAGAACAAUUUCGAGACGUUUUUCAUUUGUCUGCUAAAAUCGAGAACCCCGGUGCAAUUCUCACUGCAGUGAAGAAAAAUAUUUUCAUGGAAAAUUACCGUAUUCUCUCUCUCUCCCACUUCACUUGGGCGACAGCUUCAGAAUGCUUCGACAUCGACAACGGAGUAAUCGAAGGACCAAAAGUGCACUGUGGAGUUGACAAAAUCGCCGUCGAUAUUACCACCGAGAAGCCAUAUAAAGGUCGACUCUACGUGCAAGGAGAAUCCUACAAUGAGCGCUGCUUUCAGGAAGCACAAGAUCCUUACUCAGAGCAUGCUCACUUCGAGCUUCCUAUUGGUGCUUGCAAUAUGAGAAGACAGAGAACGAUGCAACCACGUGGUGUCUCUUUUUCAUUCACCCUCGUUGUAUCUUUUCAUCCGUUUUUCGUUGUGGGUAUCGAUCGCGCCUUCCAUAUACAAUGCUUUUUCCUUGAGUCAGUGAAGAGCCUGAAUGCCGGAUUUGACGUAGGGUGGGUGAUAAAUAAAAAAGAAGACUAUUUGUUGGCCGAUUGCUUGGUAGACGAUGGACAAGGAAAUCAGUUCGAGUUGGUCGACGACAGAGGAUGUUCGAAAGACUCGUAUCUGUUGCCGCAGAUCGAAUACGAUCCACACAGCCUUUCAGCGUUCACCGACGCUCCUGUCUUCAAGUACGCUGACAAGGUACAAAUUUAUUUUACAUGUACUGUGCAAUUGUGCUAUAGACACGACGGCGGCUGUGAUGGAGUGACGGUAUAUUAUUUCAGGUCAACCUGGCCAAAGUCUGUACCAGGUCUUCACCACAAAAGGCAUUCGCCGGCUUUUGUGGAUCAGAAGGAGGUUUGCCACGAUGCGACUAGUUUAAUACUAGGACGGCAGCGGACCCUGGUACUGGUCUACUCACUCUUAGUUGGGAUAUUUGAUGGAAAUUUCAAACUCUUUCUCAGCUUGGGAGACACUGCCGGGCAGACGAAUCUCCCCGCUUUACAUCACAACCCGACACCCAGGAAGACCUAG